AUGAUCGGAUCCUGGACAUCAGCGGCGGCCAUUGGCCUGCUUGCUCUGAGCACAAACGCAUCUCCGCUCCUGCCCAUCAAGCGCGCACCCAUGUUCGAUUACAACAACCAGAAGGUCCGCGGUGUCAACACAGGCGGUUGGUUCGUUCUCGAGCCCUGGAUCACACCCAGCAUGUUCGAGGGCAACAGCGCAAAAGACGAGUACACACUCGUUGCAGCUGUCGGCAAGGAAGAAGCACAGUCGAGGCUGCGUGACCACUGGAACUCUUGGAUCACCAAAGCCGAUUUCGAACAGAUGGCCGGUGCUGGUCUGAACCACGUUCGAAUUCCAAUUGGCUACUGGAGCGUACUCCCACGUGACGGCGACCCAUACCUGCCAGGCGCGUACGACAAGCUCGGAGAAGCGCUCGACUGGGCGUCCGAUGUUGGUCUCCAUGUUAUGAUUGAUCUUCAUGGCGCACCCGAAUCCCAGAACGGGUUCGACAACUCUGGCAAAUACGGCAACGUUGGCUGGACUCAGGGCGAUUCGGUGGCCUACACCAUCAAAGUCCUCAACAAGAUACGCGAUGAUCACGCGUCGCAUCCCGCCGUCUCAGCUAUCGAGCUUCUCAACGAGCCUCUGGGCCCCAGUCUCGACAUGAACACGGUCCGACAAUUCUACAUGGAUGGUUGGGGCAACUUGAGGGACUCAAACGUUGCUGUCACCUUCCACGAUGCUUUCCAGGGUGUAACUUCGUGGGGUAACUGGGGUGCUGGAAUGUGGAACCUUCUCCUCGACACUCACCACUACGAGAUCUUCGACAACUCUGCUGUUGCUAUGAGCAUCGACGACCACGUCAAGACCGCUUGCGACUUCGGUAACCAGAUGGCAUCUACCGGCAAGUGGACUAUCGCUGGUGAAUGGACUGGUGGCAUCACCGACUGCGCAAAGUGGCUCAACGGAAAGGACAAGGGUGCGCGUUACGAUGGUACCUUUGGCGGCUCCAAGGUCGGUGACUGCACGGGCAAGUCGACUGGCACUGUUGCUGGCCUGUCAGAAGCCGACAGGUACAACGUUGGUCGCUUCAUUGAGGCGCAGCUUGACGCCUACGAGAAGGCCACCGGCUGGAUUUUCUGGACCUGGAAGACCGAGGGCGCACCCGAAUGGGACAUGCAGGCUCUCUUGGAGGGCGGUAUCUUCCCCCAGCCGCUAACGGCACGAAAGUACCCCGGCCAGUGUGGCUAA